AUGGGAGUUCCAGCGACGAGUCCGAAACCGCGAUUCCGUGUUGCAAUAUGCGGCGCGGGUAUAGCAGGACUGGCACUCGCUACAGUGCUCGGGAAGUACGAACAAAAGGACUCACCCCUUGAAGUCACCAUCUACGAAAGACAACCUGAGAUGGCGGUGUUCGGUGCAGGGAUCAGCGUUUGGCAGCGGACUUGGAGAGUCAUGCAGCUGCUGGGAAUCGACGACCAGUUGGCUCGUGCGUCCGAGAGACCUCCUGUCAAAGCGAUCGGUCCUGGUUUUGUGUACAGGCGUGCCGAUAGAACAAACGACACUUACAAUUAUUACACGGUUAUGCUGCCUUACGGAUCAUCCACGAUGCACCGCGCCGAUUUGGUGCAAGUGCUCCUCCAGAACGUACCACAGUCAUAUUCUAUCCGUAUGGGAAAGAGACUGGUCAGCUACACCGAGGUCGUAGACGGCUACGGAGACACCAAGUACUACGAGCUGCAAUUCACCGACGGGACGACCGCAGAGGCCGACGUCGUUAUCGGAGCUGAUGGUAUCAAGUCAGCUGUGCGCAUGUCGAUGUACGACGCCGCUCACCGACAAGACUGCGCCGCGGAGGUCGAUCGAGGGCACUGUCCGAGAUGCUCUGCGGCGACGCCAAAGUGGACAGGCAUCAUCACCUACAGAGCCCUCAUACCGACCGAGAAGCUCAGGGCGAUUGACCCCGAGCAUCAAGGGUUCCGGUAUACUUUAUGUAGGCGACAGCAUGUCGUUUCCUACCCGGUCUCGCACGGAGGCUUCAUCAAUUGGAUCGGAUUCAAAACGAGGCCGGAGAUGGAGGGGACCAUAUAUGAAGGAAAGUCGGCCGAAGAAGCCCCCAAAGAAGAGAUUUGGAGCUCUUCGACGGCUGGGAGAAAGAGGGUCCACUCGCAGUGCGUCGAGAAACCCACUCGUUGGGUCAUCAACAUGAUAUCAGGACUACCCUUCUCCGUUCGUGGUCGGGCAGCCUUGCUGGGCGAUGCCGUGCAUGCGAUGGAGACUCACCUCGGUGCCGGCGCUGGACAAAGCAUCGAAGACGCGUACAUUCUCGGAAGACUGCUCGCUCACCCCCUCACGACCCUCGACCGCGUCCACGACGUCCUCCGCAUCUACCAAAGCGUCCGGCUCUCGUUCGCGAACACGAUAUUCGAGCGCGCCCGCGAGACGGGCCGGAUGUGCGAGUUCAACUGGCCCGGCCAGUACGACGGGAACGAGUGCCUGGACGAGCGCGAGCAGCUCGAGCAGCUCGGGAAGUCGAUCUAUCGGAACUGGCAGUGGCAGUGGCGCGAAUCGUUCGACGAGCAGUGGGAUGUGGCGGAGUGGGCCAUCGAGCAAUUCCUGCAUGUCGACGCGCAGAAGGUCCAGGCGGAGUGA